ACAGCCCAAGAGGCCCAGAUUUCCCAGUCUGAUCGUCGUUUGAACGAACUCGGAUAUGCCCAGCAGUUCACGCGUUCCAUGUCAUUCUGGGCCGUGGUGGGCAUGAGCUUCACCGCUAUCGGUAUCCUCACGGGCAUGUCAAGCGCCUUCCAGACCGGGCUUUUCUCCGGUGGGCCGCUCGGUCUCUUCUGGGGAUGGAACAUCUGCUCCAUAUUCAUGUUCCUGAUUGCCCUCUGCCUAGCGGAGAUCUCGAGCGUGUGGCCCACCGCUGGCGGU